AUGGUAGAUACUAACAAACGAGUGUUUUGGCAUUUUACAUUUAAAGACAUAUUAACUAUUCUAUGUUCAGCUGCUAUACCCAUAGCUCUUGCUAUUUAUACUGCAAUUGGAUCUCAACAGCAAAAACGAGAAGCGGAAAAAACACGACAGUUUGAUUUGGAACAAGCUGAAAAAUUAAGACAACAAACACUUUAUGAUGAAUUUAUAAAUAAUAUUUUUAAAUUGGAUAAUUAUGGUUAUCUGAAAGAGAAAAAAAAUCCAUGGGCAUUUGCAAAUGCAUAUUAUCGUGCUGCUCAUCUCGAAUGGGAUACUAUACAUAAAGCAUAUGUUUUACAAUUUCUGAAAGAAAAACAACUAAUUGGUAGAAAUAAUUGUACAAAUGGAUGUCGAACAACAAAUUUAGAUGAUAUAAUCCGUUUGAAUGAAUUAAGUUUUGAUAAUGUACAUCUAGCAAGUCAAACAGGUGUAUUAAACCAAUUGGAUUUAGAAUGUGUUUCUUUUGAUCAAGUAUCGAUGUCAGAUGCAGUAUUUUCAUUCGCUAGUUUAAAUGGAGUAUCAUUUGAUGGAGGCAGAUUAGAUAAUGUAAAGUUUGACGGUUCAUCUUUACUCUGUGCUAGUUUUAAUGGUGUAAAUCUGUCGGGAGCAGAUUUUGGAAACUCGAAUCUGACAGGUGCACACUUUUCAAACAGUGAUUUAUCAGGAGCUAAAAUAACAGAAGAUCAAAUAAAUCAGGCAUCUUUUGAUAAUGUAAUUAGAGGUGUAAGCCGGUAG